AUGGCGCCGUCGGUGUUGAGCCCGACGCAGAGGUAUGCGGCGGGGGCACUCCUUGCCUUCUCCUUACGGCAGGCGCAGAUCCACCAGACCUGCCCACUGGGCUUCGAGGACGUCGGGGACGGCGACGAUGAGGUCCCCGACAGGCAUAGCAGCAGCAGCAAUGGUAGCAGCGGCGGGAGCAGCGAAGGUGAUGAUGGGUUAUGGACUCAUGAAAGCCGAGGACUUCUCCGUCCCGUCUUCAGGUCUGCGCUCUUGUCGUUGGUUUCUGAAUAAGUGGAGAGCCGAUGCAGAAAAACAACCGGAAAUCGUGGGAGGUUUCUUGCAUCUGGCUGUCCGCUAUGGGUUUUGAUGGAUCGUUUUCCUCCAGGUUUUUGGAGAUUGACCCGAUGGCUUGGCCUGGUUUGGAGGAGACCGCAGCUUCUUCUCCGGCCAAGAAUCACAUCGGAGCCGUGCGUCUUUUUCUUUGUUGUUCUCCUUAAAUUCCUUUGCGACUAUACGCGUUUCUCCUCUUUACUUAGUCUGGACGAUUCUAUUAUAUUCGACUUCUAGUGAAGGGAUUCGUAUCAUACAAAAUUUCACAAUAAAUUGACGGAAAUACUAGCGAAAAUUGGUCUAUUAUUUGGGAAAAUAACUUUAAGCCAUCAUUAUUGUUCGACUUAAUGGGGAAUUCAAUCCAUUUUCUGACUGUCAUUUUCUGGAAUGCUAGUUUCGUAUAUUCAAAAUAUUCGCAUCUAACCUGUGAUUCCAUAUGCAAUUCCACCUUAAGAUUUCUGUCAAAUGUAUCAUAAAUUUCCGUCAUAAUGUCCAGAAAUGCUAUGUUUGAGUUGAAAAACAUAAAAAGCCAAUUCUGUGUUUUCUGUCAUUUACUGAAUAUUGCUAUGCUGGGUCAGCUUGGAGAUUUACACAAACAGUCAAGGAUUAAAUCUCGGGUUGUUACUUCGACUAGAGUACCAAAUGCUUAUAUCAGUCGUAACUAUUUAGAAGAUGGGUUUGUAUGUGUUCAUGAAUGAGUCAAUAUGAUCUUAAACAGCUGUAGCCUUCUUAAAAUUUCUUCUAGUCAGAUUUUCAUUAGUCACAAUAUCAAUAGACGACAUUUAUUUGUUCCACAUCUAAUCAUGGUUUUUCUCUGAUUUUUUUUGCUUUGUAUGAGUGGUAAUAAAUCAGCAUUAGUGAUUUUUACACCCUUUGUUGUCUCCAAUGACCAGCACUUACAUUUUUAUACUAUGAUUCUUUUAUGUCAUCUAGUUCCUGAGGAUACUCUUUGAAGAAAGUGAUGAAACUUCUGCUGAAAGAUUGGAGCAGGCGCUUGCUUUGAUAAAAUCUGUGGAUGCUAUGGAAAUGAGCUUGAAAGAGACCUUAUCUUCUGUUGAUGGAAUUAGUGAGGAAUAUUUUAAAUAUAGGCAAGAAUAUCACAAGGAAGUUUCACCAAACAUGACGAACCUUAGAGAAGAUGAGGCGUGCAAACUGUCAGAAGCAAUUCAGCAACUGAAUUGUCAGAAGUUGCCAGUAAAAGAUGAAUGUCUUUCUCAAGCAGAUGGAAGAUGUCAAGAGAACCCAUUUUUGCAAGAUACAGUGAAGAAUAAUCAGCAGAAAGUUGCAGUAUUAUAUGAGCUUCUUUCUGCAUGUGUAGCUGAUUUGCCGGAGGAUCACAAUCAACAGUUGAGACACAGGAAAGGUUAUGAUGCUCGACUCCGUGUUGCCCUAAGGUCGCUAGCCACAUGGCUCAAUAUCAAAUGGAAAAAAAUGGUUUGCCUCUACUUUAACUGUUUUUUUUGUGUACGCUUGGGCGUUUUAUUGGAGAUGAUUGUAUCCACUAAAUUAUCCUUUGAUCGUUUUACCUGUACCAUUUGUCACAUUGUUCUAUCUAUUAAUAUCCUACUCUUCUUAAAGAUCACAGGAAGGAUAAGUUGUUUUUUUUUCUUUUUUGUUUAGUUCGAAUAUUGUGAGGUAUAGCUGCAAGUACGGUAGAAUUACUUUCUUUCUAGUGUGUGUUUCAUUUCCAUGUAUCAUAUUCGGCAGAAAACUUGCAUUGAAAAAAGGACGCCAUGCUGCAUGUCUACUUCUAUUGUAUAAAUUUCCUGCUUGAAUAUUUGAUGGUCAUCAUCGGCCAACACUUUGAGAAUUCUUCCCCACUUCAUUUUCGCUGGACCAUUCGUGCUUCUUUCUCUUCGCAAGAACUAUUGCAAUGAGCACAGUCAUGGAUAUUCGACGAGAUACAUUAAGAGCACAGAAAGAUAUCCAUAUAAAGAUUGUGGAACUUAGUUUCGUACAUAGGUUAGUCAGUGAAGACAACAAGCAUGAUAUGAUGUGAUAGAAGUGAUAGUAAAAACGUGGAAUAGAAUUAACGAAAACAUAGAGAUGAUAAUUGUUUCAAUAGGAUAAAGUAAUUGAUAGUUCUAAUAAUUCUAUAGAAAAAAUGAACAGUCUCAUGACAGAGUGCUCAUACGUUUUGCGAUCCUAAUCUUUUACCAGUGCCAUCUAAUCCAUAAUUUAUUGUUUAAAAUUCUGGCAUUGAAUGAGAGUAUUUCUCUCAAUAUGAUAUUAAGAUCUGGAAAUAGAAUAAAAUCAAGUUAUAUUACACGAACAUGGUUGAACUCGAACUCUCUCAUAAUUAAUUCUUGUUCCACUUGAAGAUUGACAACCUGAACUGUUAAAUUUAAUUGUUUUGUUGUUGCCAAGUAAAUCACGUAAGUUUGCCAGAUCUCGUGGCUGAUUAUUCACUUCUUAGAUAGUUCUGUUGAAUUAUUAUCAAAAGAAAAAUAUCUGAACUAUCGUGGGAUCCUGUGACCUUUGAUAUUCGUUUUGUUUAUGUGCUACACUCAGUACAUCCAGGCUUAUCAAGCUGAAAAUGAUGCUUUUUAGGAAGCCAUGGAGAUCAUGGUUGCGUGUUCUGCAAUGGCUGCUGCAAAGGAAGAAGCUCAAGCAGAGAAUAGGGACUCUGAUAAAAGCAGAUGGUCUAGAUGGAAACGUCAUGGCAUAAUUGGAGCAGCUGCAGUUACUGGUGGAACCCUGUUGGCUAUCACGGGAGGUAUUGCAUUUCAUUUUUAUGUAAAAGGAAACAGGAAACUUUGGUUUCAUGUUCUCUGUUCUAGUAUGCCCACCUGUGUAUUUAUGUCUUUUCUUGAUUGCUUGACAGGCCUAGCUGCUCCUGCAAUUGCUGCUGGGUUUGGUGCUCUGGCACCCACCUUAGGAACUCUUAUGCCCGUGAUUGGAGCAAGUGGUUUUGCUGCAAUUGCCAGUGCUGCUGGGUCAGUUGCUGGUUCCGUGGCUGUUGCAGCCUCAUUUGGAGGUGAUUUUAGUGUACCUGCUUUCUGCCUAUUGUUUUCUCUUAAAUAAAUGAUGUGAUAUCCACAUUCAUGGUACUUUUGGUUGGAAAGGAUAUUUCUUUUUUCGACAGGGAGAAAUAGCUAGCAUCUUCAUGGUUCAUGGUGCCUUUUAAGGUGGUUCCCGUGUUAUACUGUAUGUAAAUGCCACUGGAAACAUUCUAUUCAAGGACUUAUUUAAUUCCUCUCUUGCUCUUUCCUCCAUCUGAAAAUAGACACUGCCUCAUGGAAUAUUCAUGUUAUCAAGAAAAGUGUGAAAACUUACUGAUGUUCCUCUGAUGGAAAAACCCAAGGGCUGAGUGUGUCUUCCUUUUUGACGCUUUUCACAAGUAUACAGUGCAAGUCAAAUGGCUGGACUCAGUCUUCUGAUUGGAGACCUGGGUUUAAUAUCAAUAAAGUCAACUCAAUUUCUGCACUAUGAGAACUCGUCGCUUGGUGCGUGCCUAGAAAGGCGAGGUGGUAGUUUUACUCAGUGUAACUGUACAUCAAGCACCGAUAUCGAAGAGUCAUAAUUUAUUUUGACUGAAAAGUAAGCUACUCAUUGUGUGAGAUAUAAACGAGGAUUCCUGACAAUUACAUAGAGAUGCACUAGAAUUCCCUAAAUUGGUAGUAGCCAAUUCAAGGUUUUGGUGGUGGAAGUUGAGGAAGAGAUAAGGAAGAAGAGGGGAAAGAUGAGGAUAGAUUCAUUUUUGUGAUGUCAGGUUUAUACUUUUCGCAUUUCCUGCUUCAUAGAGAUGCAUUUUUAGCCCGUUCUUUAUUUGACCUUGGAGCGAAUUCCCAUUCUUGGCUGAAAAAAUGGAUGGUUUAGAACGGAGAUUUAAAGAGAACCCAUAUGGAAUGGAUGAGAAGAGCAGUUCUAGUGUAAAGGUAAUGAACAUGGUAAAGAACAGUUCUCUGUUUUCUGUUCUGUUUUUCGUUUUUUUUUUCUUUUCCGGGGGAUGGUGUGGAGGUAGGUGUUAAUAUUUGCAACUUUGAAGCUUUUACCCUAAGCAAAUCAAGUUUUAGUGUAUAAAUGCAAGUGACUAAAGUAGAAUAGAAACAUGAUAACGAAAUAAAAAAUUCCACAUUAAAUAUAAGGUAGGAAUAGCACGAAAAAACGUGUAAAAUAAUAGGCAAACCUAAAUGGUUUUGUGCCCUUGUACCCCUAAGAUCAAUUUUAUUUGAGGCUUUACGUCUGUCUUAUGUGUAUAUUCUUGUGUGCCUUAAUAUAUCCUCAUAUAUUCUAUGUAUAAUAUCUGUCGACAAUCACACCAUUUUGGCCAACACAUGGCUCUAUACUAGACAAAAUAGACAGGAAUGGGGGGGACUGGGCACAACAAAAUUUUUGAAACCCGACCAAGUUCUUGCCUAAAAAUUGAACAGUAAGAUUGAAGGUGUCAAUUUUGACCAAUUUGAAGACCCCUGCUUCGCAUCUUUUGGGAGGAAUAUGUUUGCAACGAAUAUGUCCCUCAGUUUCUCCCUCUGGGGGAAGUUAAGUGUCUUUCCACCCUGUAUUGCCCUCAAAGUGAGUAGAGAGUGCUGUGUUUGUUGACAAUUUAUUAAGCAAAUUGCGGCUGCUCAGGAUUGGAAGCUAGCUCAUGUGUAAGCGCUGUCUAUCAACAGUCAACUCUUUAUCCAUUAAUUGAUCCAGCUGCUUCUUUUUAAAAGAAUAAAUUAGUUAGUUGGAAAACACUCAUCCAGUAAAAUGUGUGGCCUCUUCUGGACCUUCCACUGUUUUUAUGCCUGAUUAAUGAGGAUGAAACCAUAGCAUUAUGCUGUCUCACUUUCACACUCUCUUGUCUAACUAUUGACACAGUUGCUCUCUCUCUCUCUCCCUCACACACUGUAUUCAAUCAGCUGUUCUGAUUAAUUUUUCUCUGAUUUGUGGGAAGGAAGAGAGAGGGGACUGAGGAGAAAAAACAUAUUGGAUUUAUAAGGGAUGUCAUUCGAGGCAUUGAUGUCUAUGAGUACUGUCCGGAAGAUAAAAUUUCCCCCAGGGGACCAAGUUAGAAGCAGAAAUCACCUUUGACCAAUCAUCAUUGUACUUGCAAUUUCCACAUAUUUAGAUCCCUUCUUCCCUUGCUUUUUUUUCCUCUUCGGCGGAUUAAAUUUCUUUCACUCAUGUGAAAUUAUCCUCUAUGCUCUUCCUACAUUUGUUUUACCAAAAUUCUUAAAUAUGAUGUGAUGUUAAGACUUCUGGACUCCAUGUAGAUGCAAUGGACGUCAGGAUGACAUUAUUCACCAUUGAAUCUGGAGAAAAUGGACUUUACUCCUGAGUUUUGUAUCCAAAUACUUGUAACCAGAAUCAGAUUAUCUUUUACUCACUUAUGUAUCUAAGGUUGGAAAAACAUAUGAUGUGUUUACAGCCCUCUUUUUCGCUCAUAUUCCAUUUCUCCAUUCUCUUGCUAUUGCCAAUUUCGUAGACUUAUGCCUUUCGCAAUGUUUUCCUUCUCUCACUCGUUAAAAUCAUAUCUGACAUGUUUGGUGGCCAUAAUUUGGCAGCUGCUGGAGCUGGACUCUCGGGAAGCAAAAUGGCUAGAAGAACUGGCAGUAUUGAGGAGUUCGAAUUUAUACCUAUUGGACAAAAUCAUAAUCAAGGAGUGAGUUCUCUUUUUAUAUAAUUUUGGUGAAGGGGAACCUUUCGUAGCUGAUAAUUCAUAUGAUAGAUAUGCUGUAAUGCUUUUGUUUUUGCCCUUCGUGAAAUACCAGUAUGUGAGUGACCCUAACUUUUCUAUUUUCCAUUUUUCAGUGCCUUGCUGUUGGUAUCUUGAUUUCUGGAUUUGUUUUUGAGAAAGAAGAUUUUGUUAGGCCUUGGGAGGGGACAGCUGACAAUUUAGAGACGUAUGUGAACAUUUACUGAGUUAAAGAAUUCUUUACUCAUCGACGUAUAUAAAUGUAUAGAUAAAUAACAGUUUUUAUUAUGCACCUUAUGCUGCAAUCAAUCAUCUAUUCUGUUUUUUCACAAAUUGGAUGAAUUUUCUUACCAAAUUUAAGUUUAAGUAAUUGAUGCAUGUAUCAUUUUUUGAACGAUUUACAAAACUGGCUUCUUCUUAAAAAAAAAUCCGCUAAAUUUUUUCUAUUAUAAUGUGCUUUAUGCUUGUAGUUCACUCUAUCUCGUAUUUGGAAUAAAAAAGACCCAAUAACUUGUCAUCACCUAGUUUGCAAUUAGAAAAUCUUGUUUUUUGGUUCAACUGUCAUGCUUUGUUCAUUCAGAUUUAGGCGUUGAACUAUUAUUGGCUUAAUGGUACAUUAGAAAACUCAUACACUCCUCUAGAACAAAACACGUACAUCUAUUUGUGGUGUCUCCUGCACUAUGGUACACCAUUUUAUUCCGGGAAUUUAGGAUCCUACCUAAAAAAAUUGUCUGUUCCAUACGCACAUACCCUUUAUGCAGGUUAUACAGACUCUUGAUAUUAUGUUGAUCGUAUUGUACAUUCAAGCAAUUUGUAGACUUGAGGAUCAGCCUAAGUGUUCUCCAUUACCACAAAACCGAAAAAGUAGUCCAACCUAUGGUCUAGUCUCUGAUAAACCAUGAUACAGGGUGUGGCAGUCUAUACUCCUUUAAGAAGGGUUGACUUCUGGGAUUUAUUUUUUUUGGGUCUGUCCCUUUGCUUAUAGUGGGAAAUCUGACAGCAAGUGUGUGAAACAGUUCUUCCGUGUUCAUAUAAAUUUUUGGAAUCUGUACCUUUCUACAGCAAGGGCAAAACGAAGGGCACAAGCCUGGUCUGACUACCUGAUAAUUAUUCUAGGUAUGCUGUACAGUGGGAGUCCAAGAACUUGAUUGCUGUGAGUACUGCAAUCCAGGACUGGCUGACAUCGAGUAAGAGCUAUGAGUCUUUUCACAGUUGAUUAGUGUGCAAGGUGCUGUAUCUUCACCCUUCUCUUCGUUCUCCCAGGUCUUACCAUGGGUUUGAUGAAGCAAGGUGCUAUGAUGACUGUGCUCAGCACACUAGUUUCUGCAUUAGCCUGGCCAGCCACACUACUUUCAGCAACUAAUUUUAUUGACAGCAAAUGGGCGAUCUCUGUCGACAGGUUCAAACUUGCUCACCAAUUAAUCAUCACUUCAAGACUUUAUGCCAUUAUUAAUCUCAGUUGACAUCCCCAGAUCAGAUAAAGCAGGAAAACUGAUGGCUGACGUACUAUUAAAGGGAUUGCAAGGAAACAGGUUUGUGAUGGCGACCUUUCUCCCUCUGCAAGUCCCUCCAAAUCUGCCCUGGAUGGCUUACUUCAUAUUCUGUGAUAUCUCAGGCCUGUGACACUUGUCGGCUUUUCAUUGGGAGCACGGGUGAUAUUCAAGUGCUUGCAGCAUUUGGCAGAAACCGGAGAUAAUGGUUUUUACAUGCCCUUCAUGACAUUAAUGCUCUAUAUCAGGCCCAUUUAUUCGGUAGUCCCCUGACAUCUUCUGGCUUGUUUGACCAGAGGGACUUAUAGAGAGGGUUGUUCUCCUUGGAGCGCCAAUAUCUCUCAAGAGUGAGCCAUGGGAGUCUGCAAGAAGAGUAUGCUUCCGACGAUGCUAAGAAAUUGACAUGAUUUAGUCUCAAACAUCAUAUUUAUUCUUGUCAUUUUUCUUUUUCUGGGUGAAAUCUUAAUGUCUCCUAAAAUGCUGAUAGGCUGAUGAUGAUGAUCUUAGCUUCUGAUAAUUCAUAGGCCCUGGAUUUCACCUUCUAUACGUACUCUUCUUCUUAUGGUGUCUGAUCCAGUUUUUAUUGCUCUCUUGAAGAUGGUGGCCGGCAGAUUUGUGAACGUCUACUCUACAAACGACUGGAUACUUGGAGUGACUUUCCGUGCUAGGUAUGAUUAUUCUCUAGAAGCUCGGAUUCUCCCAACGUUGUAUGCCUCUGGGACUGAUUCCCCCUCACAAGAUCAGCUUGAUAUGCAUGAGCUUGCUUGAUCCCAGAUGGUUUUUAUUUUUAUUGAUUUAUUUUUAUUUAUUUUAAACAGCUUUCCCGCCCCCAUUUAGGUCCAGGUUUGAGAUAUUAAUUGAUAUUAUCCCACCAAGGUUUUUUUAUCAGAAUUAACCAAAACAUCCAUGUGCAUAUUCGCUUUGGAAGACAGAAAAAAUACAAUCAUAAUAUUAAACAUUCUUUAUGACAGGUUAUGUUCUUUAAGAAAAAAAUUCCUCUCCCUGCAAUUCCAGUAACGGGUUGUUACUUUCUGCUGCAGCCUUCUUACCCAAGGAUUAGCUGGAAUUCAACCCGUUGACAUCGCCGGAGUGGAAAAUGUGAGUAGCGUUGACUGGAGAUUCACAUUCUAGAAGUGGAAUGCUUUCCAAGUAUUGGAAUGACCCCACCCUUCAUUUAAUAUUUCUUCCAGGUUGAUGUGACUGAUCUGAUUGAUGGGCAUUCUUCUUAUCUGUGGACUGUCCGGCAAAUACUGGAGCAACUUGAGCUGGACACAUACUACCCUGUCUUCUCUUGUUGUUCAACAUCCUAG